GUCUGGACCCCAAUAUGCAUUCCAAUGCGAUGCUUGUCUUCAGCCAUCCGCAGUCAAGCUCGGUUCAGUCAAAGUUUAUGUUUGUUCUUGACUCAAGGCACCUGUCAAAAAGGGAAGAAUAGGUUGCUAUUCGCCUCUCAGUGCAUGCAGUAACGUCACGUGACGUAAACCUUCCUAUUAUGGCUCAUCUAAGCUCACCGAGGAGGAGCUGUUGACGCUACGAUCUGAUAGGACAAUAGAUGCCGUCGCCCCAUCUUUCUCAUUGUUCGAAUGACUGACGAAAGAAUAUCACAAGUGCAAGGAACAGGAUUACCAACUUACAAGUUCUUGAGAAUGGAAUCAAUGAUCCUCCAAGAAGGAAGCUUUGAGCCGUACUCUCCUGGAGUCAUCGAUCUUGAAGAGUUCCUCGACAUUGAGCGCCUCUGUGCGGGAACUUCAAAACCCUCACAGUCAGCCCAACCUCUUACACCUAUAAACGAGAUCCCUAUCCCUGCUGCCACUAGCGAACAGCAAUGUUCCGAAAAGAAGAUACCAGACGAUACACAAGGCGGCUAUAAGAAGAAUCGAUCCUUUAAUCAGCCAAGGCGUAAAGGAAUUCGUUCAACUGUCUCAGUCCCUGAAUACUCCGUCAUAUGUUUCCCCUCUAACCCCACUAAACCAGAUGGUAUCAAGAAGAAGAGAAAGGACUUUGAUGAAAAAAGGAGGCUUGAAGUUGCACGAGUCCGGAAAACUGGUGCUUGCUUCAGAUGCAAAGUUCGAAGAAUAUCUUGUGGCGUAGGAGCUCCAUGUCAAGCAUGUGAAAAAGCGGCUGGUAUUCUUGGAACUCAGUUGUGUAUCCGUGAGAAAUUGACGAAAAUGAGAUUCAGCUCAGGAGAUCUUCAUUAUAUCGAUUAUACUGCGAGGUUGCUAAACCAGGAGCUUAUCACAGGCACAACUCAUCUUGGACCACAUCGAAAAGUCUCAUUGUCCAUGGACUACCUUGACAACCCAGUUAUAGAAGUUGAAGUACAGGAUUAUUAUGGAAACACAACACCACCAUGGUUCUGUUGCUGGGUCGUGAUGGAUCAAGUCGGGGAGCAAGUCGAAUCAUACUGCCAAGAAAGUGCCCGCUAUGCCUUGCCGCAGCUUCUUCUACCCAGUCAACUGAUUGACUGGGUCGAAAGAAUUAUCGCUCAUCAGGAUACCCGCUGUAUAGGCUUCCAGCAAACCGUGGAUUCAUUCAUUUUGAGAUACAGUCAAUCGGAAGCAUCCCUGCCUAUGUACGAAUUUGUCCGUAAAGUACACAGGCUCAAUUGUCUGACAAAAAUCCGCUUGGGCCUCAUUCUUUGCAUGGAAAGGGAAGGAAAUAUGACUCCGCCAUCUUGUGCGUUGCAUACACAGUUUGGCCAGAUCUCAAAAGCGGCCUCCCAACCAAUAGAGAAAGAAGUUCUUCUUGAGCUCGAGAAAAUUGUCUUUGGCACUGCGGGUAUCGGGCCUGACAACUCAAUUGCUCUCUGGGCCAGCCUGUGGUGUCUUAUCCUGAUGUAUCGGAAACUCGUACACACGUAUAUGGCCUUCCAAGAAUUUCCUUGUCAUGUACCUGAAGAUUACAGCGGGUUUCCCGAGUGCAAGCUCGAAGUCGGGACGCAUUUUUAUCACUAUCUCGUGUCUAUCUAUGCAGCCCUGUUCCGCGUAACUAGUCCGCUCUAUGCCGACUUCCGGGUAGCUGCAACACGCAAGCUUCUCAACGAUGACGAGUCUCUUAUCAAAGCCUUCAUGAGCUUACGCACUGAAAGCUUCUAUUUUCAAAGAGAGUCCAUGUCUAUGUCAGCAUCACACGAUCAAUUGCUGCGCAGAAUGAUACUGGAUCGAGAAGCAGGACUGAAACCGAAACAACCAAAAAUAAAGUGAUUGUUCCCGUUGAUCGAGUAUUUUUGUUCAGCUGGUUAUGUGGGCUUAGUUAUAGUUAACUUCAACCCGUACAGGUGAUAUUACACUUCAGCGGUAACCCAAUCAUUAUCACAACAUUCCAAGUCAGCAAGCAACCAUAUAGGCAAGCAGUAUAGCCAAUAGCCCUUUUAAAAUCUGACUCUGUUGGUUUUGAACUUCGAAAAGUUUGAGAUGUAAACCUACUAACAGUAUGCGAAUAUUAUGAUGGGGUUUUCUGAGGCCGGCGAAAGGAUAUCAGGAUUGGGAGACAUAUAUCCUCCCGUACUAUUGACCUUUGCCCACCCCAUUUUCCAUAGUUGAGCCAGCGCAAUGACGAGCUCCCCCCUUCUGGCAAUCGCUUUGACUAACUAAACCUUAGACUUGGAGGUCUCAUGGUCUGUCGCUCCUAAGGAGGCUCUAAAGAAAUCCUAAAAAACGUAGGUUUUAGACCUUAUCAUUCUCAGUUAGCUAUUUUCGGGCCAUCCUGGAGAUGUAACCUCAUUAUAAUGCACCUUUCCCUAUGACCCUCCGAACAGGAAACGCAUGAGCACCACGAACUCCAGUCACGGCCAGAGAUCGGAAUAGAGACAGCGGUAUUGUGUUCGAGGGCUGGAACUCGCAGCAUCAGACUUCUAAGCAUCCCGUCAUGCCUGACAGGAAGAUCAAUGAUACGUAUAUCGAAGCCGGGACAUUUGCUUACACUCUCCCCUCGCCAAAGAACAAAUCACCCAGGGCAUUGCCACUUAAAAGCCUGAACAACGCAUCGGGGUGACGGUGUAAUACGGACUGACCUUCAACGACGAAACCGGGCCUAUGCUCUGAGCUCGGAGGGGCUUCCUCUGCGAAGGAAUACCCACAGACUCUUUCAAGAUCUUCGAUGGGAUGACAAAACUUAGUAUGAGAACGGAAGAGAUUCGAAACUACGAUGAUCACGAGAGAGAACGCAUCAAUAAGUUCAACAAAGAGUAUGUGAUAGCCAACCCACGUCGGGCCACCAAGAAAUGGCCACGAGAACGAUCUCACCCGCAGCCUCCCAUCGAAAUAGAAAACAGUGCACUUCUGAGUGAAAGGUCAAAGUUGCCAAGGAAGUCGAGGCCAGUCCCCCAGCGAACGGCCAAGUCUUCUCAUAAGAAGUGGACAAACUUUCGAAGAGAAGGA